AUGGAUCCCAUGGCUGGCCUCACCGUCUACAAUCUCCCGCCAGCUCCGCCGCGGUGGGAUCACAUUGGCAUCUUCUAUGUCACCUUUGGUUUGACAUGGACGACCAUAGUCUUCUCCCUGAUGGCAUUUGGCUGGCUCAAUAGGACCAACCCCGUUCUCAGGCACCGCGGAGUGGGCUUGUCGUUUGGCGCCAUCUUCUUUCUCCAUUGUUACUGGUUUCUGGCCCAAGUUGUGUAUCCCAUUGGCGGCACCAUGCCAGUCAUCCUCGCCUACAGCAUCCAGUACUUUUUCAUGGGUAUCUGGUUUCCACUUGGUGUUGCUCUGUUCCAUGCUUCCAACAGCCGCUUCCUUCACGUGGCCAAGCUACAGAAGCAGUACAUGCAGCCUGAGCUCCGAAGUAAGAGCGGCUGCAAUGGCGCCGACAGCUCAUGGAUCUGCAGAUCCAGGAACAUGAGCUACACCAAAAAGAUUAUGCUGCCCAUCGGAUUCGGCAUCGUUCUACAGAUCCUCCUGACGACCGGCAUGUGGUUGGCUUGCAGGAAGUACCACCCUUCCUGGGGCAUUCCCGGCACCGAAAUCCGGGGCGACAACCUCAUGGAGCAGAUGAUUGAUCUUAGCCAAGGAUGGGAGUGGUGGCCCUCUGUUUUCUGGCAGGUCAUCUGGACUUGGAUUGUUGCCCCUAUUCUUCUCUACCGAGCCUGGGGGAUUCGUGACACCAUGGGUUGGCGUUUCCAAACUGUCGGCUGCUGUCUCUCAAGGAUUCACCUUUCAAUCAUGUUUUUCGAAAUCUUCACGAUCAUCAUUCCUGCCAUUCAGGUUGUUCAGCAGCGUCGCAUGGUCAAGAAAUCUGCCAAGCUCAACGCCAAGUGGGAGACAUGCUCGCAAACAACGACCCUCCGAACGUCCACGUCUAUCGAGGGAAAGAACUCGAACAUCAGCCUCGCCGAAAAGGCUUCAAGUUUUGAUUACUUGGAUGAGGAGCUUGGCAACCGUCUCCUGACCAUGGCUGCUCUCGACUAUGUUCUUAACGAGAACCCGGAACCACUCCAGGAAUUUUCUGCUCUCAGCGACUUCUCCGGCGAGAACAUUGCGUUCCUCACCCGUGUGACACGCUGGAAGUCGACAUUGACGCAUGCAGUGACGGAAGAAAACAACCUCAUCUGUUACAACCGUGCCAUGGAUAUCUACGUUGACUUCAUCAGCAUGCAUGAUGCCGAGUUCCCUCUCAACCUCCCUUCCCAGCAGCUCAAACAGCUCGAAGAGAUCUUUGAAACAUCUACACGCACAGUACUCGGCGAGGCGGUGGUCAACCCCGCCACUCCUUUCGACUUUCCUUCAUCAUCCCAUGGUAGUCGUGGACAGGGCGACUCCAAGGAUCACCUGCUCACUGAAACGCAGUACACGGGCGAGAUUCCUGCUGCCUUUAGCCCGGCUGUCUUUGACGCUGCGCAGGCGCACAUCAAAUACCUUGUUCUGACAAACACAUGGCCCAAGUUUGUGGCAGAGAUGCAGUCCAGGAGGAAAUCAAGCGAGACGGAACGGACUGAUAUUUCUGGAGAUUCACAGAUGACUCUGGCCUCGCAGGUUUCCAGCUUUUUCAAGCGACUCCUCUGAGAGGUAUCGGGCUGAAGCAUUUUGAUAUGGGGAUUUUCGUUUCACUGGGUUCCUCAAGCGUGUUCUGUAUUCUAUUGGUUUUCCUGUACUUCUCCUUGGCUCGAGGUGAGAGCUGUAUAAAGCGUAUGCGAUACCCUUCUAGGGGGAGAAAACAAGGGGGAUCAAGAUUGUAGACAGACAGACAUGAAAGGCCUACCUCUCAGCGUGUUGGACACGAUUUGAAAAA